AUGUUCAAUUACAGCUUCUCAGGUGGCUUUGCUGGGCAGGUGUUUUGCAUGGCUUCUGGCAUGGGUUCCGUGAAGGCGGAGGACCUGGAGGCGCCUGGAGGACGCGACUGCGGAGCGGACGAGGACGCCGGCCCUGGGGACCAAGGCACCGUGAAAGGCGAGGUCCUGGAGGCCCCCGAGACUGGAGGGCGGCACUGCGGAGCGGACGGCGACUCUGGAGGCGAAGGCCCCGUCCCGGCGGAGACCCCGCAGCUGGUCAUCAGCGGCACCUUCUCGCUGGCUGGCCCGGCCGGCGGUGCGGGGCAGGUGGAGCAGGCCUCGCGGCGGCAGCGAGGCGCGAAGGCGCGGCUCGCGUCCAAGUGCGGGGAGUGCGGCAAGAGUUUCCGGGCCGAGGCGGACCUGCGGAAGCACCUGGCGGGGCACUCCAAGGCGGGGCGGCACGCGUGCGGAGUGUGCGGCAAGCAGUGGACUUCGGCUGCGGAUCUGGAGAAACACGCAAGGAUCCACACCGGGGAGAGGCCGUACCAGUGUGACGUGUGUGGGAAGAAGUUUAACCGAGAAGGCAAUCUGACUGUGCACAAGAGGAUUCAUUCUGGAGAGAAGCCGUACCAGUGUGGCGAGUGCGGGAAGAAGUUUAGUCUGCAAAGUAAUCUUACAAGGCACGAGAGGAUCCACACUGGAGAGAAGCCGUAUGAGUGCAAAGUGUGCGCGAAGAAGUUCUCUGAUCCCUCAGCUCUACGCCGCCACAAGGUCAUUCAUGCUGGACAGUGACUUUGGGAUAAGCUGUGCUAGUGUGUCGUUUCUUGCUUAAGGCUUUGGAAUAUGUCGUGUGUAUAACGUACUUUCUUUUGAUAUAUCUCAUGCUCGUGAAAGCUAUCAGCUACUAAUAUUUGUUUAAUUUUGCAAAGUCUGUAAUCUUGUUUAACUAUUCCCUCCUUUCUUGUAUUUUUGUGUCAUGUAACUAGUGUUCGUUGAUGAUAAUCAGUUAUAAUCAUAAGUGCUUUUCUCUUUUGAAGACUUCGGUUUUUGUGAAGGUUAUUCGGUUCAAACUGUUCAAAUCGCUCUAAGUUGUGAUGUCGCUCCGGUGAAAGAAGCCUUAUUUGUAAAGUUUUGUCAGAGUCCACUUCGGUAUGUACAACAUUUCUCGAAGUGUUCUCGAGUAUACCGAAGCAUCGUCGCGCAGUACUUUGGAAUCUGUUUCAACAGUUUUUAUGUUGUCAAUUGUUUUUUUGCUGUUAACUCCUACUGCAGUAAUUUUUUUCCUGUUUGUGAGUUCCGUCCUGUACUGGUGUGAUAAGUGAACACAUGUGCCAAGUGCAAGAGCCACAUUUCUUGCGAAGUGUAAAGGCUUUGGAGUGUGUUGGGGCAGAAAGAGGUUCCCUCCGAAAUUUAAUUCCAUGCUCAUAACAACUUUGUGUUCAUAAUUUUUGGUUGUACUCCAGUAAAGUGUGUUGUCUUGGUAGAGCUUUUCUUGUUUUUUUCUUUUGUGUCGGAUAACAAAGUAUUUAUUGAUGAAAAUAUAGGUCACUAACGUAUCUAAUUUUUAUUGGAAACAAUUCUGUUUUUGCUACAAGGUUUUACGGUUGAAGUUGUUUAAACAAAUGCCUGGGCUCGCCAAAACUAAGGGGGUCCUUCGUCUUGUUGUUGUUGAUUAUCAUCGUGUUAGAAUCCCGAAAUAAAUAAAAACAUUUUUCGGCGUGUUA